AUGCUACGCACACCCACGCGGGGCCAGGAGGGACCGCAGGAUAUUUCCUCUACGACGUCUCCAGCUUUGGAUGUCAGUGAAAACUUCGACAAGAUCGUCAGUGGUAUCGUGAGCGCCAUCGACGCUGCACACAACUCCAUCCAGGCCGGUACCAUCCGAUGGAACAAGGGAGAAGUCUCUAAAGGAGUCAAGAACCGCUCUCCCGAGGCCUACCUGGCCAACCCGUCGUCUGAACGUGCACAAUACAGCAGUGACGUCGACUCGACAAUGCGGGCACUACAUUUCUUCAGUAGUUCCGGUAAGCUUCGAGGUGUGCUGGCGUUCUACCCCGUCCACCCUACCAGUCUUAGUGUACAAAACCUUCUCAUCAGUGGAGACAACAAGGGAUACGCCGAGUUCCUUCUUGAAGACGAACUAGACGACGUCAUCGUUGGGAUCGACAUUACCAACGCUGGUGACGUGAGUCCGAACCUCAUCGAUAAUGGAGACGGGACCUUUAGUGGCGAGGGCAAUACAACGAUCGAGUCUGCCGAGAUUAUGGGCAAACGGCAAACGUGUCCUGCUGUCAUCGGACAGAACUUUGCUGCUGGCACAGAAGACGGUCGAGUGCUCAGUAUGUUCACAGAGGGAAACCUCAAGGCCAACGCACUCUUCCGGACCCUCGGUGGUGUCGUCAAAGAGGCACCACAAUGGAUCAACCGCAACUCGCUCAUCACGUUGCAGACUGGUGUGGUGAUGGACUCAGCUCCGCUUCUGCGCUCCUUUAGUGAUGUACGCACACAACCGUCGAGUUCGUACUCCGUGGGGAGUGUCGCUUCAGCGGUAUUCGCCGGCGCGCACCCGAAGAACGCACUCACGCUGGUCUCAUCGUUCUGUGACGUGCAGAAACUUGGAUCGAAUGGCGCGUAUACAACCGUCAUGACCGAUGCGCAUUGGGAUUUGCGCUACCGCUGGGAGCGUUAUCUCAUUGCUGAGAGCAAGAACACGAGUGGAACAUUCGCAAAGGUGGACGCACUAGUGUGGCAGGCACGUAUCGCUUCGUGCACCGCGGGUAUUCGAAAAACCUGCUUGGUGCAUUGGCGGCGUAUGAAGCAUAGAAAAGCAUAUAACUCUCCCAAGUGCCGUAUCUGGGAUCAUCCUUCGGCAGGUUCAAAACUUUUCCGUUGA